GCAUCGAUUCUGGAAUAAAUAAAAUGAUGCGUGUUUUUAGAUAUGUAAAUAUUCAUCCUAUUCAUCCCAAACUUUUCACAAUGAGCCAUCAUUCACAAAAAAAAAUAUAUGAGAGUUUAGAUAUCCUCGCCCCUGUUGGAGAAGAGGAAUUAAACGUUGCUAGAUUUUAUCUGCACAAUAUUUACGAGCAUUUGUUUAAUGGUAAAAUAGGUGCACCAGUUCAUGAACAAUUACAAAAUGGUGCCAAAGUGCUAGAAUUUUGUUGUGAUGGUGGAAUUUGGUCUACAGAGGUAGCUGCCGAACAUCCGAAUUCAGAAUUUUAUGCAAUUGACUUUGUCAUAUCAGAUUAUUUUGCUGUAAACUCUGACGAUGAAGAUAAUAAUGUUAAAUUCAUUGAAUGUGAUAUUUCUAAAAAGCUACCAUUCCUCGAUAAUGAAUUUGAUUAUGUUUUUUCUAAAGAUAAAUGUUUAUUUAUGGAAAGAAAUACAUUUCAACAAGUUUUAUUAGAAAUAUUUAGAGUAUUAAAACCUGGAGGUUGGUUAGAGAUUGUGUAUUCACUUGAACCGGACGUUGCUUACGCACCAGCAUAUACACGACUAUAUGACGCAU